UUUGUCUCUAUUCCCCACCUAUUCAUUUUCUGUACAUGUCAUUUCAUUCUUUGUCACGUGUUUGGCUCUAUACGAUGAGAAUGCUCUUACAGUUCACCACUGUCAAAAUCUCGAGAGACUCUUCAAUAGCCGGAUUACACAUUUUCAGGAUUACACUCCGAAUCUGUAUGUACUCCUACUACUACGUAUAAUAUAGAGCGAAAGGUCUUUUAUAGAGCUUAGUUCCGGAAUGGAGUUGCUUUGCUCCCCUUCAAUCUCAGCUAACGCUCCGAAACUCCACUCAAGAGGCCCAAGCAUUGAAAAAAUUGGAUUGACACCCCGGAGUUCGCAUCUUUACUUUGCUGGACUUGGAAGAAAGGUGAAGCCUUUACUGGUUGCUGUUAAUGGGGUCAUUGAUGGAGGGGGUGAGUCGGAAACGGCCGUUGUGGUGGAGAAACCUCCGCCGUACGAAAUACGUCGUCCUUACGAGCUUUUCGCAGGGCAUCCGACUCCUUACGGUGCCACUGCUAGAGACGGCGGGAUCAAUUUCGCUAUCUAUUCGUGCAAUGCUACCUCAGCAGCUCUCUGUUUGAUUAGUGUGGCCGACUUACCCGAGAAAAUAGUGUCAGAGCAAAUUUCUCUGGAUCCCUCUGUUAACAAGACUGGAGAUGUCUGGCAUGUGUUCAUUAAAGGAGACUUUGAUAACAUGCUAUAUGCGUACAGCCUUGAUGGCAAGUUUUCUCCUGCAGAAGGGCAUCGCUUUGAUUCAGCUAAGAUACUGUUAGAUCCUUACGCAAAGGCUAUUGUAAGCAGAGCAGAGUUUGGUGCUUUGGGACCCGAGAAGGACUGUUGGCCCCCAAUGGCCUGCAUGCUACCUUGUGCUGAUAAGUUUGACUGGGAAGGGGAUCUGCCAUUAAAAUUCCCACAGAGAGAUCUUGUAAUCUAUGAAAUGCACGUUCGUGGGUUUACAAAGCAUGAGUCAAGUGGAACAGAAUUUCCUGGUACAUACCGAGGUGUCGUGGAGAAACUGGAUCACUUGAAGGAACUGGGUGUCAACUGUAUAGAGCUAAUGCCAUGUCAUGAAUUUAAUGAGCUGGAGUAUUAUAGCUAUAAUUCUGUCUUAGGUGACUAUAAGUUAAACUUUUGGGGCUAUUCAACUGUAAAUUUCUUUUCUCCAAUGGUACGGUAUUCAUCAGCUGGGAUGGACAAAUCUGGUAUUGGUGCCAUACAAGAGUUCAAGUUUCUUGUUAGGGAGGCCCAUAGAAGGGGAAUCGAGGUAAUCAUGGAUGUUGUUUUCAAUCACACAGCAGAAGGGAAUGAGAAUGGCCCCACACUCUCAUUUAGAGGUGUUGACAAUAGUAUCUUUUAUAUGCUUGCACCCAAGGGAGAGUUCUAUAACUAUUCCGGCUGUGGAAAUACCUUCAAUUGUAACCAUCCUACAGUACGCCAAUUUAUAUUGGAUUGCUUGAGGUAUUGGGUUAUAGAAAUGCAUGUUGACGGGUUCCGCUUUGACCUUGCUUCCAUCCUGACAAGAAGUAGCAGUCUAUGGGAUGCUGUGAAUGUUUAUGGAAAUUCAGUUGAAGGUGCUAUGCUCACCACAGGAACUCCUCUCUCAAGCCCACCAUUAAUUGAUAUGAUUAGCAGUGAUCCAAUACUAAGUGGAGUAAAGCUUAUAGCUGAAGCAUGGGAUUGUGGAGGCCUGUACCAAGUUGGUGCAUUUCCCCAUUCGGGUAUAUGGUCAGAGUGGAAUGGAAAGUACCGUGACAUAGUGCGACAGUUCAUAAAAGGUACAGAUGGGUUUUCAGGGGCCUUUGCUGAAUGUCUUUGUGGAAGCCCAAAUUUAUACCAGGCAUAAGGAAGAAAACCCUGGAACAGUAUAAAUUUUGUGUGCGCCCAUGAUGGCUUCUCUUUGGCUGAUCUAGUGACAUAUAAUGAUAAGCAUAAUAUGGCAAAUGGAGAACACAACAAUGAUGGGGAGAAUCAUAAUAAUAGUUGGAACUGUGGCCAGGAAGGAGAGUUUGCAAGUAUCUCGGUGAAGAACUUGAGGAAAAGACAAAUGCGUAAUUUUUUUCUCUGCCUAAUGGUUUCCCAAGGUGUUCCGAUGUUCUAUAUGGGUGACGAGUAUGGCCACACAAAAGGAGGAAACAAUAAUACAUAUUGUCAUGAUAAUUAUAUUAACUACUUCAGAUGGGACAAGAAGGAUGAAUCCUCUACUGACUUUUUCAGAUUUUGCUGCCACAUGACCAAGUUCCGGCAUGAAGCCGAGUCACUUGGUUUAGAUGAUUUCCCAACGGCCGAGCGGCUACAAUGGCAUGGUCAUGCUCCAGGGAUGCCAGAUUGGUCUGAAGCUAGUCGCUUUGUGGCUUUUACACUGGUUGACAAAGUUAAGGGAGAAAUAUAUGCUGCCUUUAACACAAGCCAUCUGCCUGUCAUGGUUACACUGCCAGAACGAGCGGGUUAUAGGUGGCACCCCUUGGUGGACACGGGCAAGCAAGCUCCGUUCGAUUUCCUUUCCGAUGAUCUUCCAGAUAAGAAAGCGGCAAUAAAACAAUACGCUCAUUUUCUUGAUGCCAACAUGUACCCCAUGCUAAGCUAUUCUUCCAUAAUUCUCUUGCUCUGCCCUGAUGAUGAAAACAACUCUUAAGAAGCAUGUGGAUGAGGAAACCUGAGCAUAUAUCUCAUUAUGUGCUUUCUAUAUACGCAUCCAAUGUGUGUAUCACUGUCAAGUUAAAUUGUAUAUUGCACAAUGAUACAAUAAACUUUGAUUGCAUAAUUUAUGUGGCUGAAAUUAGUGAACUGGACAUGUAUUUCAUAUAUUCAUUAUGGCCCAACAAAAGUUAACAUAUGUAAAUCCAACAACCGCAACUUUCUAGACUUAAUUCAAUGAGUUUGGGAUCGGCUAACAUGAAUCUAUGACAUCA